GACUUUUUUUUUGUUUUUAUUUGUUUUUUUGAUUUUUUAUUUUCUGUCUAUAUUGAACUCCUAAAUAACUGUUCGUGUACACAUAAAUAUCUCACUGUCUUAUCUGAUCAAUUGAUUGGGGCGCAUAAUACACGUUAUAUCUUACAUAUUUAUUUUAUCUCGAACUUUAAGCUCUACAUUACAUAUUAUUUACACAUAAUUCAAUCAACAAACGAUAUACAGCAAAAUGGAUUAUGAAUCAGAUUCUAGCGACUUUCACUUCCCUAAUGACACGGGCUUACCAAAACUAUCAUCACCCUUAUCAUCCAAAGUUCCCGAAUCUCGUGAUUGGGCAUUGGAUGAAUUUUUAAUCACACUCCAACAAGCUAAUAAUAAACCAUGUCCUGAAACUGAAAUAGAAAACAUGCUAAGUUUCAAACAGUAUAUUCCAGUCAUAGAAGAUGAUGAUGAUGAUGAUGAUGACCAACAGGAUGAUAUGGAGGACAUGUUACUGUUACCAAUGGAAAAGGACGUAUUGACGGACUACAAUUAUGGUCCUCCAAAGUUGACCUUACCUACUUUUGAGGAAAAGGACUUUCUAGCACAACUUUCUCAACACUUCUUAACGUUGGAACGUAUGGAAUUGCACGAGAUUUUGAAAGGUGGCUUCACUUUGAUACAGAAUGACAUUCAAUCCAAUCAGAACGGCAGUCAUCAUCAUCUCUUCCGUCAACAACAACAACAACAACAGCAGCAGCAGCAGCAACGUCAUGUUCACCCUUUCACAGCUAUUUCCAAUACUGCCCCCACAACAGCAACCAUGCAUACUAGCGUGACUACAUCAACAACAGCAGCAGUACCGCCACCGGGUCUAAGCUGGUUUGAUGAAGCUAUUAAUUUUGGUCGUCAUGAGAUUGGAAAUCUUGAUACCAUCGAGAUGCCUCGACGUCGAAGAGAUACCUUCAGUCCUUUCCCAAUGACUGAUCGUAACUCUACUAUUGGUACAUUCACCACAGCUAAAACUCAAUUACAUGAUCAUCUUGAUCGGGAUGAAAAUGCUACAUCUGCUACUUUUGGUUCCGAGCAGCAGCAAACAAAGUUUACGACACUUGUACCACCUAAUAAUGAUACUGUCACUACUACCAUUACUACUCAAGAAGGACAAAAGCCGUUGCUGGUACCGAAAGAACAGAAUUCAACUUUGAAGCAACCACAACAAACAAAACAAGCUGUUGCAGCAACUGCAGAAGGCAAGAUUAUAUGCGAGGCAUUCAGGGGAAACAGCACAAUCACAAUGCAGAAGAAACCAGGGCUAAAAAAGAAACUUCUUGAACCUUUCAAUAUCAGCAGAAAGAAGAAGAAAAAUAAUAAGAAACAAGCUAUUACAGCCACCACUACCGCCACUACAUCAUUAUCGCACCCAUUGUCAUCACAGCCUUCGGCUACGAUGACAACGCCCACUUCAACUCAAUUAUUCUCUUCGGAAAAGCCUAAAACACCAAAUGCUUCUAGUAACACGACGUUUUUGCAGAGCACAAAGAAAUUCAUACGUAAACUUAUCAUUUCGAAAAAGACAACUGUUUCAUCAUUAUAACGGAAUUCCAUUUCAGGUUAUACCACUUUUCGGUAGCUUGUAGCAUUUUUUAGCAUAUCACAAUUAUCAUAUUUCUCGGCAUAUCCCCUUUUAUAUCGACAUUUUGGCUUCUUAUUGUUCUUUUUUCCUA